UAGAUCUACACUUACUUCUACGACACUGGCUUCAAGUCUCUGGAUCACUCCCUCACCACGCUGCUCGCUUGGCUAGAAUGAGAAUAACAAGUUGAGCCAGUAUCCACAGUAUCCCUGCUCGCAUCGAGCCCACGCCCACGCCCACCUUGGGGUGGACCAACCCUCACAAUGCUGAUCCUCCAGCUUGUCUCACACCUCCUACCUAUCUUCGCCUUGAUCGUCUGCUCUCUCGCUGCUGAGGAUCUGUACAAAGUCCUUGGACUCGACAAGUCUGCCUCAGAUCGCGACCUGAAGAAAGCAUAUCGAACCCUCUCCAAGAAAUACCAUCCUGACAAGGCCUCGGGCGACCAGUCCAAGUUUGUCGAGGUGACAGAAGCCUACGAAGCCUUAUCCGACCCGACUACACGCAAAAUUUAUGACCAGUAUGGCCAUGAUGGUCUAGCGAACCACAAGCGAGGGGGUGGUGCCCAACAACACGAUCCCUUCGAUCUGUUUUCGAAAUUCUUCGGAGGUGGAGGACAUUUCGGUGGCGGCGGCGGAGGUCUUAGACGAGGGCCUGAUCUUGAAGUCAGGCUCUUUGUACCGUUAAGAGACUUUUACACCGGCAAAGAGACGGAGUUCACGAUUGAAAAACAGCUCAUUUGCGAAAAGUGCGAAGGAACCGGAUCUGCCGAUGGUCAAGUAGAGACUUGCAACAAGUGUGCUGGCCAUGGCAUGGUAAUUCAAAAGCAUAUGCUGGCCCCCGGGAUCUUCCAACAAGUCCAGAGAACGUGUGAUUCUUGUGGAGGACAAGGCAAGACUAUCAAACACAAGUGCCCGCAGUGUGGAGGGACCAAGGUCGUACGCGGACCGAUCACACUGACAGCCUCGAUCGAAAGGGGCGUACCCAAAGGCCACCGAAUCGUGUUUGAGAGCGAAGCCGACGAGCACCCAGAUCAUGUUGCUGGCAAUCUCUUUGCCUAUGUCAUGGAGGGAGAGCCCAAGAUUCACGAAGACGAAGCCCACCGCACUGACGGGGCUUUCUUCCGCCGCAAAGACAACGACCUCUACUGGAAAGAAGUCUUGUCGCUACGGGAGGCAUGGAUGGGAGGGUGGACCCGAAACCUCACUCAUCUCGACGGUCACACCGUUCAACUCUCGCGUAAAAGGGGACAGGUUGUUCAACCGGGUCAAGUCGAUUCCAUCCCUGGUCAAGGCAUGCCGCUCUACCAUGAGGGUCAUGUGCAUGAGCACGACCAUGACAGCGAGGAGUUUGGCAAAUUGUACGUCGAGUACACCGUUGUAUUACCAGACCAGAUGGGAAGUGGCAUGGAAAAAGAGUUCUGGGCCCUGUGGGAGAAAUGGCGGACAAAGAUCGGCAUUGAUCUACAGAAAGACAGUGGGAGACCAUUGCAUAUUGUACCACCACGAGAUGAGUUAUAGACCAUUAGAGAAUUCAAUUUCUUGC